AUGCGUCGCGCUCUGCAAGCCGUGGCGGCAGCGCUGGCCGUCUCGCGACUGGCGUAUGCUAUCCAAGUCACUGUUGGCGACUCGGACAGCAUCAAGAGCGCCACAAAGACAAUCGCUGCGGAAAUGGUUGGCUAUUAUCACGGCGCCGAACCUGGUCUAAUUCCUGGAGAGUUGGGGGAUCCUUACUACUGGUGGGAGACAGGUGGAAUGUUCAAUGCUCUGAUCGAUUACUGGUAUUACACGGGCGACACUCAGUUCAACGCCAUCACGAAACAAGGCCUCCUCUUUCAAGUGGGCCCGGAUGACAACUACAUGCCACCAAACCAAACGAAAGCCGAGGGAAAUGACGAUCAAUACUUUUGGGGCUGCGCGGUGAUGACUGCAGCCGAAGUGAAUUUCGAGAACCCACCCGAUGGCGAAACGGGCUGGCUAGGAUUGGCACAAGGCGUUUUCAAUUCUCAGGCAGCUCGAUGGGACUCUGCAGACUGUGCUGGAGGUCUGAGAUGGCAGAUCUUCACGUGGAACAACGGAUACGAUUACAAGAAUACUGCUUCCAACGGAGGCCUAUUCAAUCUUGCGGCACGACUUGGGGCAUACACCGGCAACAACACCUACUUCGAAUGGGCAGAAAAGGCUUGGGAUUGGAUGGACGCGGUUGGCUUAAUUGGAGAGAACUUCGACGUUUAUGAUGGCACGAGUAUUGACGACAACUGCACGGGUUUGGAUCACACACUCUGGACAUACACCGCCGGCAUGAUGCUUUACGGGGCGUCUGUGAUGUGGAACAGCACCGAGGCGGAUGCAUCUGCGUCAUCAGUCAGCGCCGACGAAUGGAAGACCCGAACGCAGAAUCUUUGGAAUGCUACCGCGCGCAACUAUUUCACUGGCACGAACAACAUGAUCAUGCAAGAGGUCUGCGAGCCCACUAAGAAUUGCAACACCGAUCAGCAAUCGUUCAAGGCGUACUUGUCACGCUUCAUGGCCAUCAGUACCAAAUAUGCUCCUUUCCUGUAUGACCAGAUACGGCCAUAUAUCGAGGCCAGUGCAGUAGCAGCAGGGCAGCAGUGUUCCGGUGGCACGAGCGGAAACUCUUGUGGUCUACAAUGGACACAGAACACGACAUACGAUGGACUCACUGGUGUCGGAGAACAAAUGGCUGCGCUCGAGAUCAUUGGAGCUCUCAUGAUCAACGAAGUUGCGGCGCCAGUGAGCGCGAAGACAGGAGGCACAAGUCAGGGGGAUCCCAACGCGGGAACAGGUGGCGACAAGGAUCCAGCAGACCCGGUGACUCCCAUUACUACAGGCGACAGAGCUGGCGCGGGAAUCCUGACGUUCCUCGCGUUGGCAGGAACUCUCGGAGGGUCGUAUUUUCUUUUAUCAGGGGCAUGA